CUCUAUAAAGCCCUAAUCCGCCGUUUCUUCUCUGAGAAUAAAAAAACUCUUUCAGCGUAUCCCCACUACCUCGCCAAUCUUCCUUUUACGUUUCGUUCCUUCCCCUCUCUUAGUAACAGUCGUUUCGGCCGGGUUAGAGAAACAAAUUAAAAGAUAUAUACUAGCAAAGAAUCUAUAUUCAUCGAAUACUAAUAAUUUUUUGUUUGUUUGUUUACGGCCUUUCGAACGGGUGUUACGUUAAGGGGAAGAGUUGGUCAUCGAUCAUGGGGUUCCUACACAAACUUUGGGACGAAACGCUUGCCGGGCCCAUGCCGGAAACCGGCCUCGGAAAACUACGAAAGUAUGAUUCGUUUUCAUCCACACGAUCAUCGCCUGCUCCUGUUGUUGAUGGUAAUAAUAAGAUGAUGAUAACUAGGAGCAUUACGAUUCUUAAGAGUAACUCUGGUUUUAGAAACCUAUCGGUGGAGCCGAGUUCAACUCCGGAUUCUCCUUCCGGGUCGAGCACUCCUGGGACUCCUUUCUCACCGGGGACACCACGUGGGGAUUUCAGGAGAUUCACGAGUAGGAAAUCGUCGGCUGAAGCACUGGAAUCCGCUGAGUCUAGAAGUCCGACGGUUUACGAUUGGUUCUCUCUCUUUUGUUUGCUAUUUAUAAACACACAUUCUAUCUUUGCCUCUCUCUUGAUCCACUCCCCUCCCUACAAAAAUUGCUCUCAACCCGUAGUUAGCCCCUGGAAUAAAUAUGGUCAUCAUAUAAAUCAAAAUAACUUGGAACGUGGCUUGAAAUUAUGUGAAAGUUGACUCAAAAUACUUUCCUAGGGAAAAGAAGUCCAUGACCCUGAUAGUCCCCGAAUUAACAUAAUCAAAGAGACAGCUACCGAAAAUCUAUGCUUCACUUGAGCCUUUCACUGAAUUUACAAGAUCUUUCCCUAUGGCUUAAGAGAGAGGCAAAGGAAAACUAAGGUUCAAGAAAUGCAAAUGCUAAAGUUUUGGAAUGUUUAUUGGCCAUGUUGCUAACCAAUUAUGUUUUGUCAUUUGUGUUGAUAUGCUGCAGGAUUGUGAUAAGUGCUUUGGAUCGUUGAGAGAAGAAUAGGCGAUUUUUCUUUUGAAGAAUCAGCGUCGAAGAAACUUUUGUACAUAGAGAAACUUUGAUGGAUAUUUCAUUAUAUAUAUAUAUAUAUAUAUCAAUAGCCUAUAUAUAGCUAAUAAAUAAGUUGGUUACAACAAAAAGACGGAUUGGGUGAUGGUGAACAAUGGCAACCGAUUGAGAAAAUCACGGCUUCUUGGAGUUUCCGAGAGAGGAAAGACGUAGGGGAUCAGCUGUUUUGUGCAUAAUCUUUCUGGCUAGCUAGAGAUUCUUUUUCCUUCAAAUUUUUGUACAUAUGAUUUUCCGUUUCUUGUUUUGUUUCUUGGCUUUGUUUUGUGUACAUAUGGAUCCUCUUUCAAUGAAACUCGUUUGCAGCUUAUUAUAA